CAGGGCUGCCGUUGGGCCUGUCGCGUCGUGUCGCGCCGCUCUCCUUUCUUUCGCACAUUUGCAGUUGAUUGAGCCAUUUUCGACACCCAUGGCAGCCGAAUCACAGGAUUUAGUCAACUUCACGCUAACGAAAGCUCAGUUUGAGCAAUUGCCAGCCGAGGCUCGGGCCUUUCUGAAUGCCACGAAGUCAGCCAGCCGUUCCGCGGGUAGGCGCGCCGCCGCCAUCACCAAUCAAGGCCUCCAUCAGCAGGCGGAAGAACAGGUGCAAGAACAGCAGAAGGAAGAACAGUUGCAAACACUACUUGCAUCAUUUCCGCAGGAGAAACUGUCCUACCUACUCACACCGUUCCUCGCGCAGCUCAAACGGCAGCCGCAGGCCAAGCAGGAUGGCAGUCAGUUCGGCUAUGAACCUCGCGAGGCGGAUUCUGAGGUCUCCCAGUUGAAGAACGAGGUCGCGCGGCUCGAGCAACAGCUGCAGGCCAAGGAGCAGGACGAGGAGGAUAAGCGGAUGAGGAGACUGCUCGCCGAGACGGACAAGACGAACAAGCGAUUGCAAGCCGAAGUCGAACGGCUAAAAAAAGAAGCCGAGGAAAAUGCCAAGCUUGCUGAACAGCAGAAGCGGCCAGGCGUGCCACCGCCAAGUCCAGCAGCCGAGCCGCCUGCCCUUGCCUUUGUGUCCCUCCCAGCGCCGACGCGGGAUGGGCAGGCAGUUCCAGCUAGUAACGACUCCGUUCAGGCCGUGCCUGACAGCAACGCCGGCGGAGACCCCAGCAACGAUCACGACGAAGCCGGUGCAGGCCCCCUGCCUAUCUCAACUGCUGCUCCACCAACGGCAAACAGCGGGUCAGCGGGGAGUAGCGGCAGCCCCUCCAGCCCCGCCAGCGUAUCUAGUCGCGGCCCCCCCAGUGACGGCCAACCGCUGGCCGAUAUUCACACUGCAUCAAGUGUCGAUCCCGAAGGAAGCCCCGAAAUUGAUAUGCUCGACGCCGACUCCCCAAGCAGCCGUUCUGGAGCCGAAACGCGGGCAGCAGACCAUUCGCCGCAGUCAAUCAGCCAUCACAAGGGCCGAGCCACGGCCGGAAUUUUGGCCGCCGCCUUAUCGGAUUCCGAGGGCCAGCACGGUGACAAAGUCAUAAUCGAGCACUCCUCGGCUGCACCUUUCACUUCGGCCACAUUCAGACCAACCAGAAAACAGCUCCCUAACGGUCGAACGCGUUCCCAGGUCGACGCGGCUCCCCAAGUUCAAUCCACACUAGUUCCCCCGCCCCCUUCCGGCCAAGGCAACAACAACCCGGCUACUUUCCAUGAGGGCGUGAAAUACCAAUGGAGGCCUUGCGAAGGCGACAAGAUCUUAGUGCUCGAGCCAUCACUGGACCAAUAUUCGGACCUUAAAGAAGGUCCAGAAGAUAGAAGGCCUUUGCUUUUUACUGUUGCUGAGAAUCUUGGAGCACGAAAUCGGGGUGCAGUCGUUAUCAAAAUCCCGGAGGAGUGUCGACCAGUGCUUCCUCCACAGCCAGCUCAGACAAAAAAGUGUACAACCUACAGGCCGAUGCCGGUAAAGGACGACUUUUGGCGACUCUACACCGUGUACGAAACACAAACCCUUCCCUCUUUGGACGGCGAUACAAGCGGUGUCGGUUCUGGUCUUACUGUCGCCGUCGGUGAGCAUGAGAGACGCAUCUCAGAAGCUUCCAAAGAGGAUCCGGAGAGCAUCAAGGGUGUUGCUUACCUGACGGACAUCCCAGCACACUCUGCCCAAGAACGCGAAGAUGCUCUCCUACCCCCGGAAAGCCCAAUCUGGCACAUCCGGGAUAACAAACUUCCUCGGGAAGGUGUACCUGGGCGCCCCUGUGUACCCGGGCUCCAUACUCCGACUGCUUACCGAGGAACGAAGAGCGCACCAUUUGCGUGGCAUUUGGAAGACUUGAGUCUGGGCGCCAUCAAUCUUCUCUACAUCGGGCGGAAAGUCUGGUUUGUUACCGAGCCAGCAUCAUCCAAUAAAGCAACUGGUGUGUUCAGCAACGCACUGGGGGCCAAGGCGGACCAUGACCAAUUCCUGCGGCACCAAGCGUUGCACGGCGGCAUCGAGCACCUGCGGAAUAAGGGCGUUUCGACGAUAGGUUUUAUGCAGGAGCCCUGGGAGAUGGUUAUCGUCUACCCGGGCGCCUACCACUCUGGAUUCAGCGUUACGGACACUCUGGCUGAAGCCGUCAACUAUGCCGAUCGGCUGUACACUUUCCCGAAGAUGUACAAGCCUUGCGAUGAACGCUGCCACAAAGACCAAGAGCCAAUUACGCGCGAGCUAGUCUUUCCCUCCGAGGCAGAGAUUAUCCCUGUUGGUGAGGCUGGUUCUGCCGUACGGCGGUCCUCAAGGCAAAUCGCCACUUUGCUCCCUGCGCCUGCCAAGAAUUCUAUGGGCUCCCCAAGGGGCCCCCAGAAGAGGAAACGCUCCACAGGCGAGCCAGGGUUAGCAAGACACACUGGACAAAGAAACUCCAAAUCACACGAACCAGAGAACAGGCAAGGUGGGCUGCAAGACGAGCCGCCAGCGAAGCAGAAAAAAAACACUCCAUCUUCCCAGGCCAUAGCAGAGGAGUUAACUGGCCCACACGCAAUAGAGCGGAUCAUGCGCUACGCAAGAUCAUGGAAAGAAUGGCACUCUUCACCCGUCUUGCCAACCUUGGCCAACAAGCAAACCCAACCCCACGAUGCCACGUCUGAGGGAUCCAAGUACCUGGAACUUGGGUGGGAUUGGGAAGAAAAAGCAGAAAUCAGCAAAAUAGUGGGCGCUUUACUGGCAACCCAUGGCCUCAAGAAGUUGUACGAUAUUGUGCCUGGGGGCAUGUAUAACGGAUCCAGGGUGAGACAAUUACCAACAGCACUCUCCGACAAAGUCAGAGCCGGCCUUCGCACAAAGCUUUCGGACGACGCAUUCAGGAGCAAGUUGAAACGAUUGCGCAAGUUUCUGAAAAUAGGCGAGGACUAUCUGCCAUUCAUGUCUUGUGCUACUCUAACGAGUUCCAGUGCUGCCCUGGGACAUCUUGAGAGAUUGGCGGAUGACGAAAUAGCAGAACUGCGCGACAAGCUCGACAGCGACCUGAAAGCCAAAAUCUUUGCGGCCAUGGGCAGCGAAUUUCGAACCAUGAUUCUAAAGACCCUUGGUCGUGAGCCAGAUACGACACAUAUCGACCGGGUUCUCGAGCUGCUGGCGAAUAAUUUGAACGGCUGGAGUGGUGCGCAGGUUGAAUCAGGACAGAGCGAGUGAACGCAGGGGGUAUUUGUUAGAGCCAUAUGGGGGCCAAUAAACUAGUGGUGCGGAAGGUCGUUCAUUCAAGGAAUCUACCCUGCGGGCCUCGCGAUGCGGGGAUAUCUAUCUAUGGCGGGGUAAAGCCAUGUGCUAAUCACGUGGUCGCUACACCCCUUGGUAGCCGUGACAGCGUUGUGGUUAGUUCAGAUUUGCGGAGAGCCCCACUAUUGAGUGCACGGACGAAAAAGUGU